UGGUGUGGAAACUAACAGUCCUAGACCGGCAUUAAUGAGUUCAAACCUGAGGCACUAGAAGAAGCAAUAGAGAGGAGAGGAGGUCCAUUCUCUCCAGGCGUGGUGACCUCAGGGAGCUUGACAGGGUGGUUUUAAUGUUGUGGCUCAUCAGGUCUGUAGGCAGCCUGUUUGAACCUCAGAAGAUAAGUGGAGGUCUGUUCUUGUAUUCCUUAAACAAACACUGCCACACAUCAUUUUAUGAACCCUAGCACAACUCGUAACUGUUGAGAGUAACUCCAGGUAACUUCACAGAACAGUUUUGUCAAAUCAAAUCAAUAGAUUGUCAUUUCAUUGUACAUUUAAUCAAUACCCAGUGUUUCUCUGGGAGCUUCAAUCUUUAUAAAAAAAACACUCAAACUUAUAAAAUAUUAUUCAGCGCUUACAUUUAUCAGCAGUUCUCUAUUUCAGUCUCAAAGUCGAUGUUUAUCUUUGUUUUGUUCUCCUCGAGCCACCAGCCCUCAAGCAGUUUUACUUCCUCCAUAUAUAAAGAUGCAUCACAUUCACAUCGCUUGUAGAUACAUUAGCCAGGGUUUCGUCAUAUGUGGACAUGUUUUAGCUGCGUUAACAGCAGUGGACUGAGCACACAGCCCUGAGGGACUCUAGAGCUCAGCUUGACCGGGUCGGGGAUGACUUCGAUCACUCACAGAAAGAUCUGAUAAAAAUCACCUUGUAAAACAGCAGUUUGUGGACAGUUAAAAUAACAUCUGCGAGAUGACUGGCUGAAGAAUUACCAUCUAUACUCAACUUGACGUUCUCACAUCCUCCUCCACCCUGCUGUGGUUUGCCUAGACAGGAUGUUCGUACAAACAUUUGCUUUUAGCCGGACAGAACAGCUUCAGCCUGGUGAUAUGAAAACAGCACUUCUUCUUCUAUUGUGGUUCAGCUGCUGCCAGAUGUCUUCCAUGCAUGCCUCCCUGAUGCUCACCCCCAGCAGGUCUCAGUUUUAUGAGUAUGAGAAGGUCUCCAUCAGCUGUGAGCAGUUCUUACCAGAUAUAUGGACCGUGUGGAGGUACACAGAGACAGGGUUGCGUGUGUCCCAGUGUGCUGAGUGGGGUGAUCAGACCUCCUCCACCUGCAGCAUCAGAACGCUGAAGAAGUCACACAGCGGAGUGUACUGGUGUGAGUCCAAACACAGAGACAGCAGCAACGUCGUCAACAUCACCGUCACGGAAGAUCCAGUCAUCCUGCAGAGUCCUCUCCUCCCUGUGGACGAGGGACAGGACGUCACUCUCAGCUGUAGAUGCAAGGACAGAUCUUCAGACUUGGAAGCUUAUUUCUUCAAAGAUGGAAUCUAUAUCAGAACGGAGCCUACAGGUCAGAUGAUCCUCCAUGAUGUCUCCAGGUCCAGUGAAGGUGGUUAUAAAUGUAACAUCAGUGGAAAAACAUCUCCAACCAGCUGGCUGCUCAUCAAAGAUGUCUCCAAACCAGCAUCUCUGACGGUGAGUCCAGACUCGGCUCAGGUGUUUGAGUACAAGUCCUUCUCUCUGAGCUGCAACACCAGCGGCUCUCAGGGAUGGACGGUCAAGAGGAACUCAACCGACGGAAAAAUGAUCUCCAGGUGUGGAGGAAACUGGGGCAAAAACACUUCUUCUGGCUGCACCAUUAGUACAGCUAAGAAGUCUGACAGCGCCACCUACUGGUGUGAGUCUCCUUCCAAGCAGCGGAGCAACACAGUCCAAAUCACAGUUUAUGCGGACACACCGGUUCUCCUGCAGAGCCCUGCCCUCCCGGUGCAUUCUGGAGACAACGUCACUCUGAGCUGUCAAACAAAGACUUCCUCCAACCUCCCAGCUGCUUUCAUUAAAGAUGGCUCCCUCAUCAGGACCGAACCCACGGGUCACAUGACCCUCCACCAUGUGACCAGCUCUGAUGAAGGUGUCUACAGGUGUAACAUCAGUGGUCAUGGAGAGUCUCCAUCCAGCUGGUUGUUUGUCAGAGCUCCUUCAGCUUCAGAUGUUCAUCCUUCUACAGCGAUGCUCACGCUGAGGAUCAUCACCCACAUUGCUGCAUGGUCCUCAUAUAUCUACCCGACCUACAUCAUCUUCUUUCGGUGCAGACACAGACCCACAGGAAGGAGCCCACCGGGUCCGGACAGAACAUCUGCACCUAGAGAAGAAGCAGAAGAAGGUGGAGCUGACUAUGAUGAUGCCAUGGCUCCGGUCACCACUGAGCAUCGAUUCUGAGAUCAUGUUUCCCACCUUCAGCUUUAGAUGUUAUUACUGUGUUGUUAUAUCUUCUAGAUUUGGACCAGAAAGUGAAAAAUAAAAAACGUUUUGGUUCCUAAAGGAGUUCUUUAGCUU